AUGAUAAAUACUUCAAAUUCAAUGAAUAUUGAUAAUAUUAAUAAUAACAAUAACAACUAUAUCAACAGUAAUAAUAUCUUUAGUUCUAUUUUUGAAAAUGAUAAAAUAAAUGAAGAAUGUAUAUUGUUGUAUGGUCUAGUUUCAAAGGUUGCAAAGACUAUGCCAGUCUCUGGUGUACAGGUAGCACAGAGAUCUGUUGGUCAAUAUCAAUACACUCUUAGUAUGAGCUUUGAUUCAGUUAAUCAAACAUUCAAAUUGAGUGGACUUAACAGCAGUUCAAAUGAGCAACAACAACCACAACAACCAUCUUCUGAACAAUCCAAGGGAUUAGUUGAUAAAUUGCAAUCAGCCAUCAAUCAACUCACCCAAACACUACCAACAACUCUAAAACAUGAACAACUACAACUAGAGCAACAACAACAACCUCUAACUGUUACCAUUCAGAUAUUCAAGAAUCACUCUUACUUGGCAUCCUACUACAAAGGUAUGGCUGUACUCGACCUUGAUAUAGCGGAUCACGAUCAUCUCUUGGUAUCCAUACUCUUAAGAUAUUUAAUUGCCUUACAAUAUUCAACCACUUUGAAUAUUGGUAAUAGUAAUAAUAAUAAUGGUAGUAAUAGUAGUAAUAUCAAUGGCAAUCGAGAAGCACUACAUUCUCUAUUGUCAUAUGUUCAAAUCCUACAUGAUUCCUCUGUGGAUUUAGUCAGUCCAAUCAUCGUCAGUCUCUCAAGCGAUUACCAUCAACAGUUGGACAGUAAUCAACUGUUUGUUACUCUUCUAAAGGAUUAUAUUGAAUUGAACAAUGAAUAUUCCAAUGUCUUGAAAGAUGCCAUUCUCAAACCUGCUAUUUCCAGUUCAGAGUUGGAGACUUUUCUCUAUGAGGAAGAUGACAACUCCACUACUACCGCCGACGCCGCCACCGCCGCCACCACCACCACAAACAUGAAUAGUAGUGCUAUCUCUAUAAAGACAAGAGAGGAGUUGAUUCAACUGCUAAAUAAGAGGGACACAAAGAUCUCUUGGUAUUUGGGUCAAUUGCUUUUCGAUCUUCCGUAUCGUCGUGACGACCUCAGACAAGCGUUGUUGAUCGACGACACCAAGCAGCGUCGUGAUGCAACAUUUCAGGUGAUUCGUCGAUUCGAUGCACAGGUCGAGCGUGACAACGUCGUGCGUGUAUCCAACCAGAUUCGUGAGCAGUGGCUCAGCGAUACCGAGUCGUUCCAACCGACGUUGGUAGUUGGUCGUGAAUCACGUGCAUUCUCCAACCAAGCGACACUGUUUGCCAGCUCCAAUUACAUACGUAUUGAUGAUGCUAUUCGUCAGGUUAUCAAUCAGCUCGUUCUCACUACCGGUGAACAGUUUAUCCGAGAUCAAUUCGCUGUGAUAAAGAUACCGGGUUGGGCAGUUGCCGAUAUCCAAAAGCUGGCGGAUCAGCUUGUCAAAUCGACUGUCCACCUACAGCCUGUUGUUGGUCGUCUACGUGCGUUGGUUGCCAACAUCAACGACAAUUGGUCGCCAUUCACUCAAUUCCAAGGUGCUAUCCAACAUCUUCGUGAAGUUCUCACCAUUGUCACCAAUAAGAGUGUAAACUUGGUCGAAGACGCUCAAAAGACAGCGCUGUCAAGACGCUCCGAAGGAAUACAUCGUCGUUUGUCUGGCAAUAAGGAUACCGGUGGAAGUGGAGCUGCUGUCAACAGUGUGUUUAUCAUCGUUCACAGUGUGCUCGAGUCGAUUUAUGGCAGAGGAAGCAGUCAGGUGUGGAGAUGUCUCUACGAGUUGGAGUCGUUGAUCCAAACGAUGCCGUCCGUACCAUCUAGUUUCUCCGUUCUCUUACAACGUCCUAGUUUGAGUGGAAGUGAGAGAUUCCGUACGAAUGAACUUGAACCAAAGGCGGAGCAGGAGGAAGUCUUGCAAAAGUUGGUGAGAAUCGGUGGUGCCAAUCUCUACAUGUCGCCUGCCAAUGAAUGGGUGGAGCAAGCCACCGAUAUCAUCGAAGCGAUACCGCUGUUUAUCUAUGAGCGUUUGAUAGAGGUCGAUGGUCAGAGUACAACGGUGUUUGAGGUCGACCAAGAAGGAUUGGAACAGACCAUCAGAGGACUGGCCGAGCAGUGGACAAAGAACAUUCAACUAACCAUACUCUCUGAGCACUGUUCACUUGCCAGAGAGAUCAUUGUUGAAUCCGAUCAGCAGAUGUCAGUGAAUGUUUCAGAGUUAAUGAAACAACAGCAGCAAUCUACAAGACAUUCGGUGAUCUGUCAGUUGCUAAAGGAUAGAGUUGAAGAGAUUGUCAAAGUUGCACAUCAUCUCGAGUUGCAAUACGACAGAUUGGCAGAGUCGGUCGAGGAUUAUAUUGAAACCUGUUGGAAACAAUCGAAUUUCAUAACUAGAAUAGAGUCAUUGAAACAUCUUUUAACAUCCAAUAAUGAACAACAACAACAACACAACAAUCAAAUGGACAGUUACAAAUCAAUCUAUGAACAAUCAAUGAAACUUCAAGUCCCACAACAAGAUUACGAUAGAAUUAGAUUCAUGGCGCUAAAGAAACAGAGAAGAAUGCCAGCAUUCCACUUACUAACAACUGAAGCACCGGGACUAGUAGAAGGUUUCAUUCAAGCUGUUUUAGAAGAAGAAAUGACAUUAAAGAAUAUUAUUGAAUACUAUAAACAUGGUAAAAGUGUAAUGGAUAGAAUAAAGGAGUAUCAAAAUGACUUUAUUCUCAUUGGAAAAAAGGUUAUUUCAGAGUUUAACUACCAACCUAUACUCGAACAAUACCAAAAUCAAUUGAAUCUCGAUGUUGAUAGAGCUGUUCUAAGAGUACUUGGCGAUCACAUGGUUAUUCAACGUCAGGUAUCACUUUUGGUUGUUCUCUACGAGAUUGAUAGACUUGAAAAACAACAGACAACAACAGAGUCUUUUUCGUUGACCAACGCAGUACAACAAGAACCAUCGUGUGUAACCAGCUAUUCAAAUAAUACUGCUUCAACUUUGGAUAAACAACAAUUGAAUCAACAAGCAUUGUUGUCGGUAUUCCAACAAAAUAGAAAUGAUAAGGAAUUCCAAAGAAUAUCGGGUGCACUUCAAGGUCAACUAUCGGAUAUCGAGCGAGUAGUGAAUGGUAACGAUGUCUACAAGAAGGAAUAUGAUAAUUAUAUUCGUUGUGAACUUAGACAAUUGACUUUGGAUAAGUUACAAUUGGAUCGACCAGAGUUGGCAUUGAAACAACGUGUUGAUAAACUCUAUAGAAACCGUUCCAGUUUAUCAAUGACAACUGCACGUCGUGAGGUAAUUGCUACCAACAAUCUACAUGACCAAAUGUCUAACCCGAGAUUUGCCUACUCUUGCGGUGUAAUGUUCCCGUCGGUCGGCUCGAGCAGUGGCGAUAUCCGUCCUACUGGCGCGCGUAAACGUUAUCAUUUUGUCUAUGGCCCAAGUCGUGUCAAUCUCGGAAAAGACGAACGUAAAUCCGUUGAGAUAUGGCCACAGUUUGUUGGUGUAACCGAUCCGCUCUGUGCCAAACACGCACGUGCAUUCUAUCAGCUGAUGAAUCACAAUCCAAUCAUUCGUACAACCACUGCCGCUGAGAAUCUAAAGGUCAGUGAAAAUCAAUGGACUGCACUGGUCCGUUCGAUUCGCAAUGUUCAAGCGCUAUUUGUUGAACGUUUGGGUGUCGGAGAUAUCGAGGAUUUAGCAUAUCAGUUCAACCAACGUGGAGGCUUGGCUGUUGCCGCUCACAAGGAAUCCGAAGGUUACAUGAGCGGACCAACAGCAGGAUAUUGCAUUCCAAAAGAUCUGCUCUUCAAACUGUUUGUUGUCACCCACCAAGAUUCAAGAAAGCUAUCACACGUCGGACUACCAGCACAUCUUCACCAAUCUAUUAUUCGACUUAUGGUUGACGUUGUUGCUGCGCAACCGACAUUCACCAGCUCAGGAGAGUGGGAGCGUUGGGCAGCCAAGGAAUUCCUCAGUGAAAGUAAACUAAAGUCAAGAUUCCAAUCGGAUUCCGACUCUUCUCAAGUGAAAAAGUAUUUCCAGCAGUACAUUGAGAUUACCGGUGGUGUUAUCAUGCUGCAUCUUUCAAAGCUAACACAGAUUCUUGGUGGUGUGGGUGUUCCUUCGCCAUUGGUGUCGUGGGGACGUGAUCUUCAUGCAGCUCUCUGGAGUUCAUGGGCAGAGAAAAAGAUUACCCUCGGUGGAGAACAAGUCAAUCGUUCCGUUGUCUUCCCGAUGACACGUGAAAUACCACAAUCCGGUAGAUUGGCGUCAAAGUUGAAUCCAAACGCCUACUUGCCAACGGAGGAGUCGCUACGUGUGCAUAUGUUUGGUGUCUACAAAGGAGAUGACGACCAGAAACCACCUCCCGAUGUCAGAUUUGCAUGGGUAAUGAGAGCAUUCCUUAUUCUAUCCGGUCACUACAAAGAGGUUGCAAUGUCACUCGACGAAGAAGGACAACUGAUUGCCCGACUAAGUUGGGAUGGAUUCCACCCGGACUCCACCGAUCCAAAAGAUAUACAAGUGAGACAAUAUCUUUCUAAUCAUUUCCUUGGAAUUCCAGAUUUUUCCAAAGAUACUCCCGAUCAUGUCGAUGUCAUUGAACGUCUCAAACAGAUGUUCCCAAGACAUACAACAGUGGGAGACAUCACAAUUACCGCAGUUCCAGGUGUGGAUUCCGAAGAUCUUCUUGGAUUCUCUGCAGAGACACUGACACUCCUUGGCGAUGAAGCAUCGUAUGCUCAAGAACUACUGAGAAGUCGUGGUAUUUCCAUUGACCAAAUGAAAGCAAAUGCACAACUCCAUAGAAAAUUCAUUGACGAAUGGAUUCCGCUAUCGAAUCUCCCAGCAACAGAGCAAGCCGCGUUGAAGAAAGAGAUUGGUGGAAGAAUACAUCCACUUGCUCUUCGACUACGUGGUCCUGGAGAUAACUUCCUUCGUGAUCUUCAAGGACAGGAUAUUGUCGUAUUCUCAAUUACACAUCCACAGUUGCUCGCACUGAAUCCUGCUACUCUGAGAGAUCUCAUGUUGAUUGGACGUCCCAACAGUUCUUUGGUUGCUCACGAUCAUGUUUCACAAGGUCGUCAUCGUGUUUGGUUUGAACGCGAUGUCAUGCUUUGGUAUGCUGCUUGCCGUGCCAUCGAUGAGAAUGGUCAGCGUCUCAGCAAUUGGCGUGAGAGAAGUAGUCGUGGUCGCCAAUCGAUCUACAAAGCAUUUGGUUGGGGAACCGACCAAUACCAACCACUUCUUGGUACCGAUCUUCGCCAGGAGGUGGAACGUCAGGAAAACAGAGCAAUCAAACUAUUUGAAUUGUUGGACAAGAUUGCCAAUUCAACUUAUAUAAACAAUACAAUUAACAUUGAUGAAUUGGUUAAUGAAAUCAAUAGAACAUUGUUUGGCGUUGGUGUAAACAUUAACUUACAAUCGAUACCACCACUGCAUCCCAAUCAACUACAGAAUGAAAUCGAUAUGUUGGUUCAAUAUGAACAACGUGUACUGCUUGCCAAUAGAUUUAGAAAACGUGAUCUGGUGAUAAGAGAAUCGUUGGAGAAACUUAGAGAUCGUCCCAUUGCCAAUACUCUCAGUCCUAUUGCUUGGUUGGCAGUCGGUGGCUAUCUAUUGUUGAAUGGACAACCCGCUAGAGUUAUCAAUCGAACUCUCACCAUUGUGAAUAGAGCAUGUUGUAGAAUCAAUUUAACACAAACAGACAACAGCAACAUUGACUUUGAGAAGGAUCCUCUCAUGACCAGUUUACUCACUGCCCAGUUGGCAACCUCAAAGAUUCAACUACGUGAUCGUAAAGGAAAGAUGUUUAGUGUCAAAGCAAGUGAAGAACAUGUUGAAACUGCAGUUACCAGACGCAAGGAACUGGAAGCACAAUCAAGAAGAAAUGCAAUUCUUAAAUAUAGAGAAGAUGGAUAUCUUUCACUGGGACGUCCACAUGCCAUCUCACCAACUUCUACUUCAUCAUCCAACAUCUCCAAUCUAAAUGGAUUGGUAACCCUUAUGUUACCACCCAUUCAUGAGAAUCUAAAGAAAUUGGUAUAUCACAUUGAAGAAUCAACUCCUAAUCCCUCUGUCUCUGUUGAGAGAAUCAAUGUUACAUUGGGACAAACUUAUAAUCUAUGUAUUCAAGCUCUGCUACAAUUGGUUCACCUCUACAAACCAUCGAAUCAAGAACAAUUGAAUACAUUGAUUCUCCAACUAGCUGAUCAAUCAACGGGCAAAGAGUUGGAUCUAAAGUGUUGGGAUGAUCUAGUUGGUAGCUACGAACAAUUCGGUGCAUUCAGUCCUUUGUAUGAAGCAUACUACCAGCAACAAACUGAUAAACAACAACUACUUGGUUUGGUAUCAGUCAUCUCUCAAGUUAUGGCAACGCUUCUACUCCUAGAUAAGAUAUCAUUCUACCUCUCAGUGCCAAGUGAAGACAUUGUCGAGAACAAUAUCUGGCGUAGUCUAGCAGAGUUCUUUGCCAAGACGAUCGAUGAUCACUACUCAGAGUACACUCCAUGGUUUAUGGAUCCUAAACGUUAUCCACUUUUCAAUCAGUAUUUCGACGACGUAGGAAUUAUGAAGCCGGAAUACAGAGAGAGUCAGUAUCGUCUAUACUGGGAAUCACAUCGUUCACUCUACAAAUUGAUUCACUCAUUGAUUCGUUGCAAGACUUCAUUCUCACAUGCCAACCAACUGUCGCUACUUGGUGAUGUAUUCAUUGGUCCAGUUACUGAUUCCGACUGUAUCGUUGUCCAUGCUAUUGGUGCCAGUGCGCCAGAACGAUAUGAACAACUCUGGCGUGCAUACAACCAGAUGCGUGAGAUCUCAUUCAUUAAAAACGAUGGAUUCCAAACACCUUUUAUCUUUGAAUCGAUCGAUCCAACCGAUAAACAUGGUUUGGAUACGCAGUCACAUGUUAAUCAUUGUUUCCUCAGUCCAAUUGGAAGAACUCAUUAUUCACGUGCACUAAUGGAAGGACCAACUCUUGGUGACAAUCUAUUCAUCACCAGAGAUGGAAAUAUGGUUAACUUGUCCGGUGAUGGCAGACAAGUUCUCACCAUUCACAACGCCAUGUUUUGGAUGAACGAACAACAAUUUAGACACUAUCUUUUGACAAGUAGUAGCAGUCGUGGUGAUGGAAAUCAACCUACCAAUGAAACUGUAGAUGCCUUUGUCAACAAAUCGAAACAGAGUAAACAACUUGUGGCAAAAGGUAUAUUAGUGGCAGCAAGAUUCAGUCGUCCAGUAGUCAUUGGAAGCGCUGUAACUCUUCACCAUCAUCAUCUUGAACCGCUUCUCUCUAAUGCUGGCUACCCAACCACUGACAAGUCACCAUUCCUCUAUGAAAUGACCUAUAACAAAUCAUUGUAUCCAUUGAUAUUCAAUCCAUCUUCACAAACCAAUGUUUUACUACCACCAGAAAUCGAUUGGUUGCAACUUGAAACCUCAGAGAUUCUCAGCAAAAAUGAUGAUGAAUCACAAGCCAAACUGGAAAUUCUUGAAAAGAUUAGCGCUAGACUUGUUCCAUUUGUAAAAGAACAUCCGAUUAUCAUUGUUAAGGGGGCUGCGGAAUCUGGUGCAAGAAAUCUCAGUCGUUUUGACUUGUUCGAUCAAACCACCGGUCAACUGGAUCAAGAUGCUCUCAACAAUGCAUCACUUUUCAUUUACCACGUCUCGAAAGCACAGAAUGUUGUUAUUCAACGCGCCAUUAUUUCAUCACCACUCUUCUGGAUGAGUAAGGAAGCAAUCGAUAGGAUGGUAGAACGUCAGAUUUCCGAUCAUGGAUUGGCAGUCGAGUUGAAUAGACAUCCUAAAGAUUCGGUCUAUGGAACACUUCGUGUCAUCAUGUCUACAGGAUCGCCAUUGGAUAGCAAUGAUUUGGUUGAUCCAAAGAAUUGGAGUGCUUCUCACCAUAUUGCAUUGAAUAGUUUACAGAUCGCUACAAAUGUAGGACGUCAAGGAUCUCUGGAAAUACUAACAACGGAAAUGAUACAACCUGAUCUAAGAGCAAACUUUAUCGCUGGGCUUGAAGAUGCCGGUAGAAAUGUUAUGGCUGCGAUCGCCAAAUUCGGACCGGAAUACUGGAGCAAACCAGUUGAACUAUUUGGACAUACCUUCAAGAGUUAUCAUGAGAGAUUCCCCCAUAUCAAGGAGAAUGACGCCACCGGAAUUCCAAUUCAUUGGCCAAGAUACUUGAUGUUGGACUUCAUCCCAGAACCAAUUUGGGCAAGAAAAGAUAAUAAUGCACCAAUCGAUAUGAGAUUCUCAAGACUUUUAGAUAUUGUUCCAUAUCAGACACACGAUGGAAAGCCAGUAUUUACAUUCAGAGAUGAAGCUGACGGCGGACAGGAAUUCGAGGCAGUCAUCAUCGGAAUGAACUUUUGGCAAUUGGAACCCAAUGUUGGAAUUGGACUUUGGCCAAACUUUUGGAAGAGAGAAUUGGAGAAUCAAAUGAACUUGGUCAAGCACUCUAGACAAUCGGAAAUCGAUUGGUCGAAAGUUGGUGUCAGUGAUAGAAUAGUACUAUCGAACUUCCUUCAUGUCGGUCGUCUAUUCCUUGAUACACUUCCUAAAGAAGCUAUUUUGAAUGUUCAACUUGGUGGAUCAAAAGAUAAUGACAAAGAUCAUAAUGUAGUUGGCAGUGGUCAAUCCAAACAAUCACCAAGAACAUCCACUGCUGCUCCUACUCAACCAACAACAACAACCACCUCUACAAUUAUUAACCAACUCAAUGAAAAUCCAGAGUUAAACAAACUCAUAGAUCAACCACAUGAAUAUUUAUUAUUUGGUCAAUCAUUGUUAAUGAAAGACAAGUCAAUCAAACUAUCGGAUGAGACAAAGAAGAGAUUGGUUGAAUACACUUUGGAUUGUCAUUUAAGUAGUAGAUUGACUCCCGAAAUGGUAAUAUUGGACAAUCUGGACAAUGUUGAAUUUCAAAAGUAUUUCCCAUAUGAAAACACUUGUGCGAUUAUAACUGGAAAAAAAACGUUGAUGUUGAAUCAUUUCUAUCCAUUCUUUUUAUCGAAAGAAUCGGUUAAUGACACCUUGGACAUCAAUCUCAUUGGUAUUCAUUAUAGUUGGAUUGAUAAUGAAGAUAUGUUUGGUCUCACCAGGUGUAUUGUAUUCGAUAGUACCAAACGAUUGUUUAUUGAUUUCCCAUUGUCAGUUGAACAAUCAAAGAAAAUUAGACUUUCUACAUGUUUUCUGUUGGAGUUACCGAAUGAGGAAUUGAACCAAGAAACCGAUUUCCACCAACAGAUUUCAAUGGAGCUGGAAAAGGAUGGUGUUAAAGUGCUGAACGAUUUCCAAAAGAGCAACCAACGAUGUGAUGAUAAAUUCUGGUUACGUUCCAAACUAUUGGAUGGCUUCAUUUCCAUUGUAAAUUGUAAACCAAUACAAACAAUAUCUAUUUCAUGUAAUGAUUGUAUUACAAAUGAAGAUGUUGUUGAAAAACUGGAUCAACUACAGACAGCGCAACUACCAAUUAUCAUCCAACCAAGAUCAAACACAACCGAAUCAGAAUGCGUUAGAUACUUUAAAAACAAAUCAGAAGAUCAAUGUGUAAACUACAUUUUGGAGUUAUUCGAUUUUGGAUAUGACCAUGUGUUGGCAUCUCAAUUUAUACAAUCUAUAAAAACAAAAGAUGGAUGCUCAUUCAUUGUCAGAUUGAAUGCUAGUUUGGGUGGUUUGACGACCAUAGCAAUUGUUAAAUCAUCGUCUCCAGAUGAAACAGUCAUAUCUCCAGGUUUAAGAAAAUCCAAAUGGGUCAGAGUGGACAGUGUUUUAAAUAACUUGGAUGGUUUCAAAGUAACUGAACAAGAUUGGAAAAAUUGGUCAGAUAUUGCACAAACAAUAUUAGAAUCAACAGAACUACAAAUUGUUGGAAUCGAUGUUAUUCUUACGAAACAAAUCGAAGGCUCUCUGUUAAAGAUACAUCCAGUAGUAUUGGAAGUGAAUGCACGACCUGGAAGUUUAAUUUUCUCUGAGCAAUUGGAAUUUUCUGGAAACGAUGAUUUAUCAUCUAGAAUGACUACUCCAAUCUCCAAACAAUUUUGGUAUAAUGUAGUAAGAAAUUCCAGUAUGACCAUUAACUCAUUGCUCAGAUCUGUACUUGCCAAUGAAAAUAGGUUUGGCAAACUAUUGGAACAUAGAUAUACUUUUGGAGGUUUGAAUGGCGGUAAAGAUUAUAAGAACAUAAAGGAUAGACAAAAGAGUUAUACAAACCUUUUGGAGCAGUCAAUAGCCAGUGGGUUCGAUAAAGAUAAACCUGUUAUUUUGACAGCAUCCAAUGGUAGAGACAGAGUAUUUAUGGGUCAUAGUGAUUUUGUUGGAUUGGGUGGAUUCACUAUUAAUGCAACAACCAUCAAUGAAAUUCUUUGUGUAAUGCAACUUAAAGACGAUCCAAAUCCAAGAGUAAUCCUUUCGAAUAUAGAUAAGCAAUUCCAACAACAAAGUUUUACAAUUGAUGAAAUAGAUCAACUUUUAAAUCAGAAUCUUCGUGAUGACAAAUCUAUUCCUACUCUUUGGCCACCUCAACAUUGGGAGAACUAUAUCAAAUGUUGUUUGGCAUAUUUAUUGGCACCUGCUAAUCGUGAGAAAUAUCCAAAUGUCGCCAGAAGUCUAAAAGAAUUGUCAACUCAGAAAAAGUCUAUCCUUGCCAUGUUUUCAGCGGAUGGUUCUCUAGGUCUAUCUUGGACUGGUGGAGUCAGCUCGAGUUCCGCCCUAACUGGUGCAUUCAGUAUAUCUUUAAAUCGAUUGUUGGGAUGGAAUUUAUCGUUAGAACAACUUGCCGAUAUUGACUUUGGAGAGUACUAUCUUGGAAAGAAUGCUGGAUCCUCAGAUAAAACAUCACAACUCUUCUCGAGAAAAGGGCAAAUCUCAGUGAUUGGUUCAAUUCCAGAGAGGUUUAUUAAAUGUUUGAAAUUUCCAAGUGAAAUAGUUGUUCUUAUGGCAGAGAGUCCAAUCCCAAGACUAUCAACUCAGAAAUCGAAACAAUGGUUGGAUCAACAGAUUGCUAUUGGCAGCGUCAAAGGGUGCACAACCGAACAAGUAUCAGUAUGGGCCAACUCCAUUAUGAAAUCAUUUAGUUCCAAAGUAUUUGUAGAGUCUGUUAAAUUUUUCCAGACAUCAAUCGAAUUCAACUUAGAACAAUCGAUGAAGCAAAGUGGAUUGUCUAAAGAUGAACUUAAUGCUGUUAAAUUAUCAUUGGAAAAUGGAUUACUCAGAGAAUUGACUGUUGGAGGAAGAAUCAUUUCAUACCUACCUGAAUUGGAAAACAAGAGAAAGAGAGCCAUUCUCACCUUUAAAAUGUUGAAACUGCUACCAGAGGAAAUUGAAAUCGAUGGAAUCAAACUUUGGAUGAGAAAAUCAAUAUUAUAUGCACUCUCAGAGAUUGAAAGAGGAUUUGUCUAUCAAGAGUUGGUUCAAUCACUUUCAAGUGGAGCUUUAAAUCAGCAACAAAAGAAACUAUUUGUUGAGAGAUUGAUGACCAUUGUUAAAAAAGCACAUGAAGGUGAUAAACAAACAACAGACUACAGAAAUGGAUUUAGUAAGACUGCUUGGGGUGAGAUGGAACAAUCAAAUUACACUGACUUAGCAUUUGACAAUAAUAUCAAAACACUUUCAGGUAAAGAUGACAAUGAUUUUGAUGUUGGAUUAUAUUACUACCCAGGUGGCUAUCAAAGAUCACUCCCAGAGAUAGAUGAAUUAGCUCAUUUGAUUUCAACUCAAUUCAGUGGUACCGCUGCCCUGAGAAUUGCUGCUGCUGGAUUAGGAGGAAGUGUAUGUGUUCACUGUCACAUUGACCAACAAAAAGAAGUGAAAGAUCUAUUAUCUAAACACAAUUAUAUUGUUAGAGGAGUUGAACCAGCAUCACCAAGCUCCGUGAUAUUUUCAUAA